CACUUUCACAAGUUGUUGGUAUAUAAUGGGGGUUUCCGGUAUAGGGAGAAGCCAGAAAUUUCAGAGUGAAGGCUGCAAUAGGGCAAAGUCAUGCCAAAAGGGAAAAGUCUGGAGCUGGACCCAGAAAGAAGAAUGGGAAUACUGGAGGAAGGAGACAAUGAUCACAGGAUCAAUCAUAGCACCAGAAGAAACUCAAGGAAAAUGAACCCAGCUGUCACUUUCUGCAUGCUCUUGGUCUUCAUUUUUAUUGCUCUCUUGGUCUAUCUGCUUGUGGAAAACUUCAGAUCCCAACAGGAAAUGUGUGCAAGGGGUCAGGCAAGAGAAUCUGACCGGUUGCAUCAACGAGCAUAUGCACCACCCAGGUCUAAUGCAGAUAAGCCAAGAGCUCAUCUGACAGCUGUUCGACAGAAGUCUGUGACUCCCAUGAAGGAUUCAUGGCCUGCUCUUCAGUGGGAACAUAAACUUGGCUCUGCUUUCAUCAAAAAUCAAAUGAACUACACCAACAAGUUCCUGGUUAUUCCAGAGUCAGGAGACUACUUUGUUUAUUCACAAGUCACUUUCCGAGGCAGCAUGCCAGAGUGUGGUAAAAUCAACCAGAAGAAUCGAUCUAACAAACCAGAUUACAUUACCCAGGUCAUCACCAGAGUCACUGACAGAUAUCCAGAGCCAACACAGCUUCUAACAGGAACCAAGUCAAUCUGUGAGAUAGGCAGCAACUGGUUUACUCCUAUUUACUUGGGAGCUGUUUUUCCUAUGCAGGAGGGGGAUAAGUUGAUGGUGAAUGUCAGUGACAUCUCCCUUGUGGAUUAUACCAAAGAAGAUAAAACAUUCUUUGGAGCUUUCCUGUUAUAAGGACUAAGCAAGCUGUCACUGUAAAAGGAUGCUAUUUUCACUAAAUAUUUCCAAUCCCUAAUUUUAAUCAUUUGUAUGUACUUAAACCCAGAAAAUUCCACAAGAGGGUAGGAGGAAAAAGGGGAGGAAAAUUCCAUUAAGUCAUUAGUUUAGGUGGAAGUUCUGAGUUGAAAAAGCACUUUAUAAUAUUCUUAGAAUAUAAGAAUUCUAAACAAGAUAGAAAGAGAAAGUAUUAUGGAACUUUAAACAUAGAAGAGAUCAUAAGACAUAGAAUGUCUGAACUUGAAGUAACCUUAAGACACUGAAUGUCAGAAUUUGACGAAACCUUAGAACACAGAAUUUUAGAGAUACAAGGAAACUUAAAAUGCAGAAUGUCAGAGCUGAAAGGAGCCUUAGACAAUAAAAUGUUAAAACAUAGAAAACCAGAGACAGAAAGGACUAUUUUAUAAAUUAUCUAAUCUAAUCCCUUUUUUUUUAGUGGGGAAAAAAGGGAAAUGACUCAUUUAAAGUUACACAGUUAAUAGAGAAACAGUAUUACUACUUGAAUAGUCCCUGAGCACAGAAGUAGUUACUAGAGAAGGAAAUAAGAACUUAUACAGCAGUACUGUGUUCUGGUUACCAUGUAACAUGAUCUCAUUUGAUCCUUACAGCAACCCUGGAACAGAUGUGCUAUUAUUAUUCCCAUUUUUCAGUUGAGGAAGAAGGCAAACAGAGGCUAAAUUACUUCCACCAUCACAUAGCUAGUAAGUGUUGGAGGACAGAUUUGAACUCAGUUUUUCUUGCCUCUUUAACAUAAUACUUUGUUUACCAUAUCACCUAAUUAUCUUCUAAACAGAAGAACAAGAAGAGAGUUUAUUAAGAAGGAUGGUUUCUUGUAUGCUCUAUCUCCUAUCUAAAUCUCUAAAAUAAAUAGGGGUGAACAAAGGUGUUUGAUAUAAAGGAUAAAACACUUGAUUUAAAGUCAAAUGUAAAAUGAAGAUGUUGGCCUAUAAUGUCCCUUUUAGAUCUAACUUUAUGGUUGAAGAACCUAGGAUCCCUUCGGUUCUAAAUUCUAUGACCCUCCUGAUCUUUAAGAAAAUACUUUUCCUUGAUGCUCUACUAUAGAUUUAUCAUUAAUAAUUCAAGUUAUUUCUUUCAACUCCAUUAUGUAAAUCACCAUGAAUUUUCUCAAAAUUUGGAUUGGAUGACCUGUGGCAAUCACAAAGUUUUCUCAACUGAACUUUGAGAAUUCUUUAAUCUCCAUUUACCACCUUGGUUCCAAAAGUGAAAAACUAAGAUAACAUGCAUCAGGACUCUACCAACAGGAAUUUUUCUCAUGCCCAAGGUGGAAUUUAUGCAAAGUGGCAUUUUCUCAACAUGACAUGCACACACGUAUAAUGAUUGAAUCAGACAGUGGACAACUUCAAUCAAAAUUAAGUGCCAUAUAAAAAAAUCUCUUCAGAGUACAAAAAAGGGUGCUUGCUUUGAUGGAAAAUUAACUUAGGCUUCAAUGCCAAAAAACAUCAGCUGACUAAAUCCAUACCUUCCAGCAGUUCAAAGAAGUAAAGAAAUGAUAUCUAGACUUGUUACUCAAGAUGGUAACUUCUUACAUCACUCAAAGAUGGUGGGAAAGCUCAAUACAUAAACACCAAUGUUCACAUUGUUCUCAUUCCAGCUAGACAUAAUUAGCCUUCAUUACCUGGAAGUUCAUAGAAGAAGAUUUGUAAUCUUAUAAUCAGAAAAUGUGUGGCCAAUCUUCAAACCUGAAAAAAUUCAAAAUGGAAGCUAGAUCUACUUUGGGGAUGGAUUUGGGUUGGUUUCUUUGUUUAAAUUUGUUUGUAUUUAUUUUAUAAUCAUUGUAAGAAAGGACAAAGUUGUAGAGUAAGAGGAAGAGUUUAUAAUCUUCAAGAAUUAUGAUUAGGAACCCCUUGAUAAUGAAAGAAUUUCCCUUGAAGGAAAGAUUAAAGAGCAGAAUUCAAAGUUGGAGACUUUUAGGAGUCAUUGUCAAACCCCUUCAUCUUAUAUUAGGAAAAUCAAAAUGAAAAGUUAUUAUAGUGCCUUAUUAGAGUCAGCCAAGGUAGUAUGUGGUAGGACCAAACACCCAGAUCUUCCAAGUGCAGAGCCAAAGCACUUUCAUCUAUACUAUAGAGCUGGAAAUGGAGAAAGACUUCUUUACAUGUGUUGUUUCUUACUCCCCAUCCUCACCAUAACAUUAUAUUACCUUUAAUAUGCCAAGCCUCCUUGAUCAUCUCUCAUGGAUGAGUCCCAGUACAAGGAAGUUGUUGAACUGAACUGGGGGAGAGGUUGGCAGUGCAAAUUACCAACCACAGAAAUUUUAUUGAAGAGGAAAAUGCAAACUUAGACUCUGAUUUGUGAAGGUAUUAAGUUAAAUGUCCUUUCUAUAUUAUAAACAUCAUCCCCUAUAUGGACUUGCCUUCAUAAUAUAAUGCAGACAGACUAACUCAAGGAUUUCACCACUUGGAGCCACCAGAGACUUAAAAUUUCAAGGGAUUCAGGAACUUGGGGAAAAACAAUACAUUUUGAUUUUCACUAACCUCUAACUGGAAUUUAGCAUUUCCUUCAAUUCUUUAAAAACAUAAUUCUGAGAAGUCCACAGUCUUCAUCAGAUUGCCAAAGGGGUCUUUGACACCAAAUAAAGUUAAGAACCCCUAGACUAAGUGAUUUCAAUGGUUUCUUCCUUAAAUCCUUUGAACCUCUGAUUCUCUUACCAUGUGUCCUGAUCUCUCUUGAUUGAAAUGAUAUGGAAGACUUCCUUAAGAAGAAAAAAUCUUCCCAAAAUCUUAUGGGGAAAUAUUCACAAAAGAGAACUACAAAUCAGGGGCCCUUAUAUUCAUUUUCUCUUUUAUGUCAAGUUUUACUGAAUGGAUCAGGCAAAGAAAAAAAAAUCUUGUCUAGACAUGGGUGUUUACAAUAAUAGGACUUUCCUAUCACACAUUAGGAAAUGAGGCUCCAGAAAACCCAUACUUUUAAUUUAUUUUGUGUUGGUUGUAAGUUAUCUGUCAGCUUUCCCCACCCAUCUUUCAUAGAAAGAUAGAACCCCAUGUGGCUUUUUUGGCAUCUAGCUAAACUCAGGUAUAUAACAGUCAUUUCAUAUUUACAUAAGACCCAUUUAUCAGUACAUAAAUGUAUCUGUCUUGUAUGUACAAAUAAUGAUGAGUACUCUACUGUUUUAAUGUGGUACAGGACAUUUUGUAGGUGAACAGAAGUUGGUUUCUUUUCUACUCAAGUCAACAAGCAUUUAUUAAGCAUCCACUGUGUGCCAAGCACUAUGCUAAGUGCUAGAAAUAAAAAGAAAGGCAAAAAAUAGUCUGUUCUCCAGGUGCUCACAUGAAAAUAAUCAUUCAAAAACAAGAUAUAUACAGAAUAUACAAGAAAAUUUGAGAUAGAAGGCACUAAGAUUAAGGAGGACUGGGACUGGCUAUUUAUAUAAGGUGAGACUUUAUCUUACAUUUGAAGGAAGCCAGGAGACAAAGAUGAAGAAGGAGAAAGUUCCAAUCAUAGGGACAUGUAACAUCUGUCAGCAACUAGCCUACCCAAAGAAAAAGCAAUGAAUUUAUAAGAAUAAAUCUUAGGAUAGGAGAUUCAAUCAAAGGGAUACUGAGGGAUGGAUUUAAGAAAUGAAUUUGAUUCUGCCUCUAAUGAACAAAAUAUACAUUCAUACAGAUAUAUAUAUAGAUAACUAUAUAGAUAUAUUCAUGCAAAUAUAUAAAAGUAUGGGCA